AUGGUUCCAUCCCCCGCGAUUCAAAGAGGCGCACCGCGAGGCUCCCACGAAGGCACUCGAGGCGGUCGCGGUCGCGGGCGGGGAUCUGGAGAGCGUGGUCGCGGUGGUGUAGCGCGUGGCGGUGCUGGAGGUACCCAGCGGGAGGCACCUUCGAUCUCUGAUCACAUAACUACCAUUGGGGUCAGGAGACCAAAUUUUGGCACUGCUGGUCGAGCAGUGCCCAUUCUAGUGAACAGCUUCACGACAACAAUUCCUCAGGAUAUCAUAAGACAUUAUGAUGGUGCGCCCCCAUUCGCCGCUUCAGUCCUUCACUGGGUGUUCUAA